UGUUGAGGUUGAUUUUGUGUGAUUCGGUGGGCGAAACAUCCCUUUGCGUGGUUGACGCGUAAUUACGAUUCUGGUUUUGUCGAGAGAAUGAAUGACGGUGAAAUCUAAGUAUCAUCGUCGGCACAUGUGCCAUAAUGUCACCGAACGAUUCGGUCGAGGAGAAUUUCAAGAUACAUUUUUCUACCUUACUCGAAAGACAGUGACCCACCCUAACAGAAUUCAGUUUAAUCAGGCGAAAUCAUCGAACAAUGGAAAACCAUACGCAGGAUAAUACGAUCAACAUGAACGGAAGUGAGGAUCUACAGGAUAAAAUAAAUAGAUUGGAGUCAGAGAGAAUCAAGAUGCGAGAGGAAUUUGAUAUUCAGAGAGCCAAGAUGAAGGAAUUAUUUCUCCAGAAAGAAGAAGAGUUGAAGAGAAGGUUACAAGAUAAUAUCUGUUUACAAAAGGAAAAUACAAAGCUGAAGAAUGAAUUAGAUGAAGCAAAAAGCCAAUUGGUUGUUGCUGAUUUAAAAAUUCAAAAUGAUAUACUUACCGAAAAAAGGAAGGCACAGGAAGAAAUAGCAUCUUUGCAAAGGGUUAUACACGAGACAGUGGAAGAAUCUUCAUGUUCACGCAAACAAUUAGAUGCAGAAGUAGCUAAAUUAAAGAUGAUUCUAUCUAAGUUACAAGAAGAGAAUGCAUUGUUAAAAUCACAAUUACCUCGAGAUCCACCUAUGGAUGGUCCACAGAUAUCCCUAUCCACAGUAACAAAAACAAUAGCCCGAAAAGUAGUUUCACAACUAGGUGCAGAUGCGUUAUCUUUAGCUCCUGACAAUCUUGAAGAAAGCAUGAGGAAGGUAAAAAGAUAUGCACAGGAAGAUGCAGAAGUUUUGCGCUCGCUAGUAGUGCCGCUUGAGGAAGAGAUUAAAGCCUUAAAAGAAAAGCUUAGAGCAACAGACGAUGAGUUACAGAAAUGUAAAGAAGGACAGUUGCAGAAAAAGCAGCAAGAAGCGGGUUCCUCUGAACCGGCAUGUGAUAUGUGUUUAAAUUACGAAGCACAAUUAGUUAAGAUACAAGCGACCGCUAAAGAUUUAGAGAAGCAGCUGUUAGAUUCUGAUCAUAUGCUACAAGUGCAGAAGGAGGAUUUAGCCAAGGAGGUGGAAUUUCGGAAGGAAAUGGAAGAAAAAUGGAACGAGAAGAAAGAGGAGCAUAAAAUCAAAGUAGCAGAGCUCACUGCUACCUCGCAAAUGUUGCAACAGACUUUAACUGAAGUAAAAAAGACUUUCGAACUAGUUCAGAGGAAUGUCAAAGAUGAACUGGUGAAAUUAACGCGAGGCCGAGAAGAAGUACAAAGACAUCUUAUCGCACUGCAAAAGGAAAAUGAGAAUCUUGUUGGUAAACAUAGUAAGCAUUCCCAGCAGCUACAGAGUGAGAGUAUUAAUAUGCCAAAUAAUGUAGAGGAAUUGCACGUUAGCCUUUUAAAAAUGCGUGAAGAUUUGAUCACCGCAAAAGUGGCGCAAGAAGUUGCGCAAGAAAAGGAAGAAACAUUACGGUAUGAAGUGACCCUGCUCCAUGAGCAAAUGGAACAGGAUAGCAGAGUGAAGGAACAAGAAAUAUUGGUAUUAAAUAAUGAAAUUAGUGGGUUAAGAACACAAUUGGAUAAGUAUAUACGAGAUCAUCGAUCUCUAGCCGAGAGGGAGGAGAAGCUCGAACGUUUAGAAAAACAAUUGGAUGCCGUUAUGAAAGAUAAUAAAGAAGCUGAAUUAAAGAUAGCAGAAUUACGACAACGAGUAACUAGUCUUCAACAGGAGUUAGACACUAGUGAAGCGGUUCAAAAAGAUUUCGUUAGGUUGUCGCAAUCAUUGCAGGUACAAUUAGAAAGAAUUAGGCAAGCUGGUAGCGAAGUAAGAUGGCAACAUGAAGAGGACAUAGAGGAAUGUCCUAGUUGUCAUACUGGUUUUACGGUUACAAAGAAGAAGGUACAUUGCCGUCAUUGUGGCCAUAUAUUUUGUCAGUCUUGCCUUUCACACGUUGUGAAAAGUGGACCGAAACAAAGACCAUCCAGAGUCUGUGAUGUUUGCCAUACGCUGUUGGUGCAAGAUACAGCACCGUAUUUUAGCCAAGAACCACCACACACACCUGACUAAAAUAUUCUAAAAUGAAAAGCAGUCCAACAAGAUGUGCAAUAUCGAUUCAAUGAUUCAAUGUGUCAAUGAGUUGUUUUAUAAUAUUACAGAGCAAACUUACUGAUGCAACUGAAUUCAACUUGAGAAAUUCUAUUUUACAAUUUUCAGGAAGAUGUAGAGUCGCUAUUAGUAACGAGAA